AUGUUAGAUAGCAUUACUCUCUUUCGCUAUCUCUUACUCUCUCUACACUUUUCACGCUCCUCUUCUCUCUCUACACUUUUUCUCUCUCUCUCUACUCUCUUUUUCUCUUUCCCAUUCUCUUUUUCUCUCUCCCUUCUCUCAUUUUCUUCCUCUACUAUUUUUUUCUCUCUCCCUAUACUCUGUACUUUUCUCUCUCCCUAUACUCUGUACUUUUCUCUCUCCCUAUACACUGUACUUUUCUCUCUCCCUAUACACUGUACUUUUCUCUCUCCCUAUACACUGUACUUUUCUCUCUCCCUAUACACUGUACUUUUCUCUCUCCCUAUACACUGUACUUUUCUCUCUCCCUAUACACUGUACUUUUCUCUCUCCCUAUACACUGUACUUUUCUCUCUCCCUAUACACUGUACUUUUCUCUCUCCCUAUACACUGUACUUUUCUCUCACUCUCUGUACUCGCCUUUUCUCUCUUUCUCUAUUUACUCUCUAUAUACUCGCCUUUUCUCUCUCUCUCUCUCUACUCGCCUUUUCUCUCUCUCUCUCUCUCUUUUUCUCUCUCUCUCUCUCUACUCCCUUUUCUCUCUCUCUCUCUCUCGCCUUUUCUCUCUCUCUCUCUACUCGCCUUUCUCUCUCUCUCUCUACUCGCCUUUUCUCUCUCUCUCUCUCUACUCGCCUUUUCUCUCUCUCUCUCUACUCGCCUUUUCUCUCUCUCUCUCUCUACUCGCCUUUUCUCUCUCUCUCUCUACUCGCCUUUUCUCUCUCUCUCUCUCUUUUCUCUCUCUCUCUCUCCUUUUCUCUCUCUCUCUACCCCUUUUCUCUCUCUCUCUACUACCUUUUCUCUCUCUCUCUCUACUCGCCUUUUCUCUCUCUCUCUCUACUCUCUUUUUUCUCUCUCUCUCUCUCUCUUUUCUCUCUCUCUCUCUCUACUCUCCUUUCUCUCUCUCUCUCUGCCUUUUCUCUCUCUCUCUACCACCUUUUCUCUCUCUCUCUCUACGCCUUUUCUCUCUCUCUCUCUACUUUUUCUCUCUCUCUCUACUCGCCUUUUCUCUCUCUCUCUAUUUACUCUCUCUCUCUCUCUAUUUACUCUCUCUCUCUCUAUUUACUCUCUCUCUCUAUAUAUAUAUGUGCCUUUUCUCUCUCUAUAUGCUGCUUUUCUCUCUCUCUCCCCCCUGCUCUAUUCUCGCCUUUUCUCUCCCUCUCUCUCCCCUGCUCUAUUCUCGCCUUUUCUCUCCCUCUCUCUCCCCCUGCUCUAUUCUGCCUUUUCUCUCCCUCUCUCUCCCCUGCUCUAUUCUCGCCUUUUCUCUCCCUCUCUCCCCCUGCUCUAUUCUCGCCUUUUCUCUCCCUCUCUCUCCCCCUGCUCUAUUCUCGCCUUUUCUCUCCCUCUCUCUCCCCUGCUCUAUUCUCGCCUUUUCUCUCCCUCUCUCUCCCCUGCUCUAUUCUCGCCUUUUCUCUCCCUCUCUCCCCCUGCUCUAUUCUGCCUUUUCUCUCCCUCUCUCCCCCCUGCUCUAUUCUCGCCUUUUCUCUCCCUCUCUCUCCCCCUGCUCUAUUCUCUUCCUUUUCUCCCCUCUCUCUCCCCUGCUCUAUUCUCGCCUUUUCUCUCCCUCUCUCUCCCCUGCUCUAUUCUCGCCUUUCUCUCCCUCUCUCCCCCUGCUCUAUUCUCGCCUUUUCUCUCCUCUCUCCCCCCUGCUCUAUUCUCGCCUUUUCUCUCCCUCUCUCUCCCCCUGCUCUAUUCUCGCCUUUUCUCUCCCUCUCUCUCCCCCUGCUCUAUUCUCGCCUUUUCUCUCUCUCUGCUCUCUUUUUUUUUUUUUUUUAUCUCUCUCAGCAGCAUAUCAUGCCAACCAUUCUUUCUUCUCUUUUUGACACGGCUUUCUCUUCUUUCUGUCAGAAUCACUUUGGAAAUUUGUUAUUUCUCUAUUUUCCCACACUUCUCUCUGAAUCACUGAUCCAUUUUCUUUUUACUCUCUUUGCCCUUUAUUUCUUACAUUCCUUUCAAUAUAUUUUCUACAUUUUAUUUGUAUCUUUUUCUGUCUUUUUCAAGGUCCCUUUUCAUAUUCUUUCUUCUUGCAUACUUUUUACUCUCUUCUCUCACUGUCUUUUAUUUCUUCAUCAAUUAUUUUUCCUCCUUCUCCUCUCACUCUCUUUACCGUUUUCUCUUACUCUCUUUUCCUCUCUUCCGUUUUCUCUUACUCUCUUUUCCUCUCUUCCGUUUUCUCUUACUCUCUUUUCCUCUCUUCCGUUUUCUCUUACUCUCUUUUCCUCUCUUUUCCGUCUUCUCUUACUCUCUUUUCCUCUCUUUUCCGUCAUCUCUUACUCUCUUUUCCUCUCUUUUCCGUCUUCUCUUACUCUCUUUUCCUCUCUUUUCCGUCUUCUCUUACUCUCUUUUCCUCUCUUUUCCGUCUUCUCUUACUCUCUUUUCCUCUCUUUUCCGUCAUCUCUUACUCUCUUUUCCUCUCUUUUCCGUUUUCUCUUACUCUCUUUUCCUCUCUUUUCCGUUUUCUCUUACUCUCUUUUCCGUUUUCUCUUACUCUCUUUUCCGUUUUCUCUUACUCUCUUUUCCGUUUUCUCUUACUCUCUUUUCCUCUCUUUUCCGUUUUCUCUUACUUUCUCUUCCUCUCUUUUUCCUCUUACUCAUUCAGCCCUCCUCUUCCUUUAUUUAAUUUUCUCUGAACUGGUCCAUUAUUUCCCAUUUCCCCAAUUUUUGUUUAUGUAG